UAGAAACCGGAAGAAACAUGGGAAUGCUAAAGUAAACAUUAGUAUUUCGAGACAAAUAAGUAUCUUGUUUCUUUACUGCUUUUUGUCCACUUACGACAGCAUGGUCCGGUGUUUCCUGAUCCACACCGUGUGUCCGGUCAGCGGUCUGUCUGCCGGGGAGAGCAGGGUCCUGUACUCCCGGGUUUUCGGUCCAGAUGAAGGAGUCCUGACCGAGCAGCACCGGGAGCUCGGUCCGGAGGAGAGACGACUACUGCAGAAGGAGAAGGUGGCGGUGGUGGCGAGGCAGGUGAGGAGCGCUGUCUCUCUGUCCCGGGAGGCUUCAGGCCGGCUGCCGGUGGAGACGGUGCCGGGUGAGGAAGCUCUGGCCCUGCAGGAGGCCACCUGCGGAGUGGUGCGUCUGAGAGCUGGUGAGCCCUUCUCUGAGGAGAUGAGCGCUCUGUGGAUGGGUGUCCAGAAUCUCGGCUUCACGCUGGUGUGUGAGCCCCACGAGAACCUGCUGCUGGCCGAGGGAACCCUCCGCAACCUGACCCGACACUGCCUGGAACAGGCCCUGUUGAAGAGCAGCCGCAUCGACGCUGUGCUCAGCCGCCUGCUUCCUCACGGCCAGCUCCUCUUCCUCAACCACCGCUUCGCCCAGAGUCUGGAGAAGGAGGUGGCAGCCUACAUGGCCAAGUGAGCCACCGCGGCCGGCCGGUAUACGGCGGCCAUUUUGAGGUCAGUGUCUGGUCACCUGGUCACAGUCUCAGUCUGAGCUCUCAAACAAACAAGUCGGCUGCUGUUUACCUUUGGUGGCGUUUCCGCGGCGCUGGGAGAAGAACGUACUACUGGCAGCUGCUGUUUCAAAUUGUGUGAGGUGGUAAACACACACAGAGUGGUAAAUAUCUCCCUCAGCCACUUGCAGCUCACUGUUGACUGUUUACUGUGUGGGAGGCUUCAGUUCAAAUCCUGUUUGUCAAAUUGAAGAGUGGAAAGGAAAAUGUGGCAGAUUAAAGAGUGCAGCUGAAGAGGCCAGUUAAAACCUACUCAUCUGCAUCAAAGACUGCUAUUUAUCUAAAUCACCACACUUGAAAUGUCACAGUGUGACCUUGAGAGACCAGACUUGACCCGUUUUGUGACAGUAAAUGAAUCUCAAAGUGCAUUAUUGCCUCGUCGUGACCUCUAACUGAGCUUUUGUUCCUGAAGAGUAGGAGGAAACCAGAAUGGGAUUUUGUCUUUCUGCAGUUGAAGGUAUGAUUCAUCUCAUAGUAACAAAACGGUAGAAAUGGAGCAAAGAAAAAUCAAAGUCAAAGCAGUUUAAUCUCAUAUUGAACCAAAAAUGUCAGAAUUUUUGAGACAGUGAGGACAAUGAAAAGGCAGGAGAUGACAUGAAAUAUUAUAAAAACCACCCUGAAUGAAUGCGGAGAUGUUGGCACGCAGAAAACAGGAAAUGAUGACGAGAACAAAAAUGGAAACAUCCAGACACAACAAAUAACAAAUGUUUUCCCAUAUCUCGUGAACAUCUGUUGUACCUCCGACUGCGUCUCCCUGUGAAACCAGACUUCCCCGCUCCUCCUCCUGGCCUCAUAAAAGCCUCUUAAACCUCUGUUUUUGUGUUGGCAACCAAAUCCAAAACCAAAGCAGUUCUUUUUUUAGGGAGAAAAAAAAAAAAACCUCUCCCU